AUGUUUCUCGAGCAAUCUGAAUAUGAUUCAUAUUCAAAAUUAUUAGAUGAUCCUUAUGAAACAAAACUUUUGUCGACCUCUAAUACUACUAUAAUGACAUAUUCUUUGGCAGGUACACGAGAAUUAUCAUCACAAAUGAUUGAAACCAAUAAGUUUGGCUUACCGAAGUGUAUAAAAGAACGAAAUGAAUGUCAACAGAUCGGUAUUGUUGGAGCAGGUGCUGCUGGUUUAUAUUCUGGCAUUCUACUAGCUCAAGCCGGUCAUACAGUACGUAUUUAUGAAGCUAGUAAUCGAGCCGGUGGUCGAAUUCUCACUUAUCGUGAUCCAACUAAUCCAUCUAUUUACAUGAGUGAAUUAGGAGCUAUGCGAUUGCCACUCGAUACCCAUUCUUAUUUAAAUACAUUAAUUCGGGAACGAUACAAAUUAAAUAUUACGCCAUUUGCUAACAGUAAUGAUAAUGCUUAUGCAUAUGUUAAUGGAAUAUUUGGCACUAUGAAAGAACUUCGUGAAAAUCCAGUUAUAUUCAAAUUCAAUAUGACUAAAAACGAACAAGGAAAGACUUCUCAAACUUUAUGGUUAACUGCUUUUCAACCUAUUUUACAAACAUUAGAACAAGGUGGAUGGUUAGCAGUAAAAAAUCAAUGGGAUUCAUAUUCGAUUGAUUCUUAUUUGAAGAGUGUUAAUAUGUCACGUGAUACUAUUAAUUAUAUUAAUAUUCUUAGAAACUAUGAAUCUGGUACUUACUGUUCUAUUCUAGAAGUUUUUCGUGCAGUUUUAAUAUAUGCUUCUGGAUCAAAAUUCUAUGGCAUUGACGGUGGUAAUGAUUUAUUGAUACAAGCAAUGAUUACUGAAUGUCAGUCGAUAGAUUCAGAUCGAUGUUCAAUUAUGUAUUCAAUGCCUAUCAUUGAAGUACAAUUAAAUGAUUCUAAUAAAGUUCAAUUGAGAACAAAAAACGAAACAAUUGAUAUUGUUGAUACAUUAAUCGUAGCAACAACAGCACCUGCUGCGAACUUGAUUAAAUUCGAGAAACGAAUCGAUUUUGUUGAUAAAUAUCGAGCUUUACGACAAAUACAUUAUAUGUGUUCAACAAAAGUUUUACUUGAUUUUAAUGUAUCUUGGUGGUAUACACAAGAAAAUAUCAAUGGAGGUCAAUCAUUAACUGACUUACAUAUUCAUUCGAUCUAUUAUCCAUAUAUACGUAACAAUCAGACAAAUGGUGGAACAAUUAUUGCAGCAUACAAUCUUGGAACAAGUUCUCUUGUAUGGCAAUCUUUAUUCGAAUCAGAUAUUAUCGAAUUAGUAUUACAACAAUUAAUUAGACUACAUAGAUCAUCAUCGAAUAUGCGUGAUUAUUUUCAAGGUGGAAAAGUACAACAUUGGUGUGGAGAUCCGUAUGCACAUGGUGCAUUUGCACGAUUCAUUCCAUUUCAAGAAACAGAACUUUUCCAUCAAUUACAAACACCCGUUUCUAAGAUUCAUUUUAUUGGUGAACAUACAACUUUAGUUCAUGGUUGGGUAGAAGGUGCUAUUAUCUCAGCAGUACACGGAGCUUUGUCUGUUACAAGACAGAAAGAAACAAUAUUUGAUGUAGUUAUUAUCGGCGGAAAUUUAAUUGGAUUAAGCACAGCUAUAUUUUUAUCGUUGAAACAGCCUAAUUUACGUAUUGUCAUUCUUGAAAAGAAUACUAUAAAUGAUUAUAAUAAUCAGUUACACAAAUAUAGUCAAGAACAUUUUCGUCAAAUAUUUGAUAAGGAAUAUCUUGUUCAAUUGGCUAAUAUGUCAUUUACGCUUUGGCAACAAUUAGAACAAAUCAGCAAUCUUUCAUCUGAAUCGAUUCUUAAUACGAAUGAUGGAUUUCUCUUCCUUCGUAAUCCAAAUAUGACCCAGUCGACGAAUGAAGAUAACUGGGCUUCAAUGAAACGAAUUUGCGAAAAUCUUGAUAUGAAUUGUGAGUAUUUGAAUAAUACGCAGUUACGUAUACGUUAUCCAAUGUUCACAUUAAUUCGUGAAUAUGAAGGCAUCUUUCAUGAUCAAUCAGGCUAUAUUAAUAUAACUACACUUAUGAUGUCUCUACUUCGUCUAAUUGAUCAGAAUUCAAAUAUAACUAUUCGAGAACAUGAAGAAUUAUUAUCAUUACAAUUAUUACAAGAUCACGUGAAAUUAAUAACUAAUCGUGGCAUUUUACAUUCUUCUCAUAAAGUUAUUCUUAUUCCAGACUCCAACGUUAAAAAUAUCUCACGUUUAUUUAAUUUUGAUCUUAAUAUGAGAGUUUUGAAACUACCUAUUUAUUAUUUUCGUCGUUUGGCAAAUUUUGUCCGAUUACCUAAUGGGAUUGUAAUGAAUGAUCGGAAUGAACAAGAAAAUUUCUCUAGCUUUUCUAUCGUUUCAACAUUGGACUACAUCAUAAUUAAACCAACUUUUAUUCAAAAUGUGUCAAAUUUUUUGAUUGAUUCAAUUUAUACAGAAACUGUUCUUAAUUGGGUCUCACAUCAUCUCAAUACAAUAGUCAAUGUAUCCGAUUAUUACAUCAAUAAUCGAACGUAUCUGGUAAGAUCUCUACCUGAUAAUAGGUUUGUACUGGAUUAUGUUCCACAAACAAACAAGCGAAUUUUGAUACAAGUUGGUGAAAAUGAAAUAACUUUCACACCUGUUUUGGCUGAUAUCCUAUCUGAUAUGGUUUUAUUUGAUGGUAUGAAUACAUCAUCGAAAUAUACAAAAUAUCUCGAGUAUUUCUCAUUCCCACAAUCCCAUCAGGCGAUCACAGAAGGUAUCAUAUCUAGCAAAGGUAAUCAAUGGUUAUUGUCUCCUUCAUUAUUCUUGUGGUGCUCCACAUUGAUUUUAAUUAUCAAUUGUCUUAAUUUUUAUUUCAAAACUAUGUAG